AUGGAUACUCAAGAAUUUGCCACCGAAGAUGUUAGAAGUGUAGUCGAUAAAAUAAGACGAAUAAUGCUUGAAGAUGGAGCUUCAGAAACAACAGCAGAAUCUCCCUUAUCACACAGAAAAGAGUCCCCAAUCCUCAAAUCUAAAAAUCAGCCCAAAAAACCAAAACCUACCGUCUCAAAGGAAAAAACUCAACCUCAGUCAGGAGCAAUGUCUAAAACUGCCUUUGAAAAAACAACACUGGCAAGAAUGCAUGCUUAUCAGAAGCGCCACGAAGAAUCUUUAAAAAAAGCUAAAGAGUCUCGAGAAAAAGAAAAAGUCGGUAAUUUCCCAUAUGCUCCCACCAUCAACAAUAAUUCAAAAAAAAUAAUAGGCAAAUCUACACCAAUUUAUUCGCGUGUACAAGAGGUGCUUGAAGAUAAAAAUAAACGUAUAGAAGAACUAAUACAGCAGACAAAUACUAAAAAAUUGGCUGAAGAAAAUAAGGAACUUACUUUUAAGCCAAAAACAUGUGAAAGCCCUGGGAAAAAAAGAACUACAGAAGAGUAUUAUAAUUAUAUGAAUAAAUGAAAAGAAAUUAAAACGGAAGUGCAGAAUAGAGAAAGGGAAGCUAAAGCUAAAGAAGAAUUGGAAGACUCAACGUUUCAGCCAAAAGUGAAUGAAAAAUCACAUGAAUUAACAAGAAACAUGAUACCUUUUGAGCAGAGGAUGGAAAAGGAAAUAGAAAAAAGAAAAAAGCUACAAGAGGAACGAAGUAAAAUUCAACUGUAUAGCUUUACGCCUGAUAUACCUAAAAGCACAAGAGCGCAAAAGCUUGGUGAAUCAGUAUUUGAAAGGCUAUAUACAAAGAAUAUAACACAAAGCAAAUCCCCUAAAACUAAAAAAGUAAGCUCAAAAUCAUUGAAUGAGAAAGAACUUAAAAAAAUCCUGAAAUCCUCAAAGCAAGAAUCAAAACAAGAUGAAUCUCAAAGGACUGAGAAAUCUGAAUUCAGAGUAAAAAUAGUAUCAGAAGAUGAAGAGCCAGUUGAACAAAAAGAAAAUUUCGAUGUCUUGAAAGAUUUAACAGAGAGUUUAUUUUAG